AUGCAGGAGGAAAGGAUUGGUGAUGAAAAGAAAUUAGCGAAGCUUCCAACAGUUCCAAUAAAACUCCUUAAGCGGAGAAAGCAGACAAACAAGGACGUCAUUAAGCAGCAAAGGAAACGUUUGACGGAAAUCCGGAAACGUGCUAAACAGCAGAAGAGCUUAUUCCGUCGACCUGCACACUUUAUAUCUGUGGCCCGUAAAGAAGCUCGAGAUGAAGCUAGAAUCGAGCGAGCUUCAAAACGGAAACCCCCCAUUGCUGUAAACGAACGCCUUGGUAUUAUCAUUCGAAUCCAUGGCGAUACGGGCUUGUCGUUAGAAGCCACUCAAGUGUUACGUCUCCUGCGCCUUACUGGGUUUAAUCAAGCUGUCUUCGUUAAAGUCUCACAGGCAAUGUUGCAACUGUUGACGGUAGUUCAGCCCUACAUUGUAUGGGGUUAUGCCGAUCUUGCCACUGUGAGAAAUCUUAUUUUUAAGCGGGGCAAAACACAAGUCGGAUCAAAAAUCAGAUCUAUUGAUAAUGCCAUCGUGGAAGAGAAACUAGGAUCACUUGGGAUUCUGUGUAUUGAGGACAUAAUUCAUGAGCUCAUCACACUGGGUCCUCAUCUUCGCGAGGUUUUAGGAUUCCUCUGUCCUUUCAAGGUAAUGCCACCCACUGGAGGUUGGCGGAGUAACCUGAAGAAAUGCCAGCAUCCGUUUAACCACCUUGCUGGGAAUCGUGAUGACAUGAUAAGCCAGCUUAUUCAUAAAAUGGUCUAA